CCACAGGUCAGCCUCCAGAGCCUCUUGUGGAAGCUGAGCCUUCUCCAAGUGAACAGGAACAAGCGACUCAGCCUUUGGAGCCUACAGAGCCUCCUGAGGAGGUGAAACCAGCAACCCAGCAGGAGACCCCAGCUCAGCUUUCAGAGUCUUUCAGAGAAGCUGAAACUUCUGCAACCCAGGAGGAAGCCUCAGCUCAGUCUCCAGAGCCCCCUAAUGAGGCAGAAUCUUCUCCAACCCAGCAGGAGAUCCCAGCUCUGUCUCCAGCAGAGACAGAACCUUCGGCAACCCUGCAGGAGCAACCAGCUCAGCCUCCAGAGCCUUCUUCAGGGGAGGUGGAACCUUCUCCAACUCAACAGGAACAGCCAGCUCAACCUCCAGAGCAUCUUGAAAUGACAGUUUCACCUCCAAGUCACCAUCAUGCUGGGCAUUCAAACUUAUCCAGUGUCGCUGUCAAACCUGCAGAUGUGGAGCUUACCGUAACAAAAGAGCCCACGCCAGAGGUGGGACCUUCUCCAAAUCAGCACAAGCCUUCAGCUCAGCCCUCAGUGCCCCGUACUAAUGCAGAAUUUUCUACAACCCAGCAUGAGGCCCCCACGCUGCCUUCACAGCCACCUGAGGAGGUUGAACCUUUGCCAGUUCAACAGGAGGCUCCAGCCCAAUCUCCAGAAGCCGGUACACGUAACAAACCUUCAGUACAAGAGGAGACCCCAGCUCAGUAUCCAGAGCAUCCUGGAGAAGAAGUUAUACCUGCCACAACCCAGCAGGAGACUCCAGAUCAGCAUCCACAGGCUCCUGAGGUUGUACCUUCUCCACCUCAGCAGGAAGCCACAGCUCAGCAUCCACAGUCUCCUGGUGAGGUUGAAUCCUCUCCAACUCAGUCUCCAGAGCUCUCUAAUGUGACUGUAGUUUUCUCUCCAGAGCAUCAUGUGACAACAGUUUCUCCUCUAGGUCAGGAUCAAGCUCAGCUUCUGCAGCGGCCCGCUGUCACUGUUAAACCUGUGGAUCUUGCACUUACCGUAACUCCAGCGUUCACUAAUGAGGUUGAAACUUCUCCAUCCCAACAAGAAACCUCGGCUCAGUCUACAGUGUCCCCUGAGCAGUUGGAACCUUUGUCAGUCCAGCAAGAGGUUUCAGAUCAGCAUGCAACCCCCACUAAAAAUGUUGAACCUUUUCCAGUUCAGCAGGGAGCCCCAACUCAACCAACAUACCCCGAGGUGACACUUCCAAAUCCAGAGCAAGUACAGGCUCAGCAUCCAACCUUGACUGAGGUCACAGUUCAACCUUUGGACCUUGAACUGACCAUAAGGCCCAAACCCACUAAGGAGGAUGAACCUUCUCCAACCAUGCAGGAGACCUUAACCCAGCCUCCAGAACCACCUAAGGAGGUUUUUGUAGCUCAGCCUCCGGUAUAUCAGAACCCAAUAGUUCCAGCACCAGAUCAGGAUCACACUGAGCCUCCAACAUCACCCAGUGUCAGAGUUCAACCUUUAGACCAGGAGCUUACCACAGCUGCAGAACCUACUACAGAGUCUGAACAUUCUACAGCCCUGCCGCAGACUACAGCUCCCCCUCCAAAACACCCUGAGGUGACACUUGCACAGCCAAACCUGACUCAAGUCACAGUUCCACCUGUGGACCUGGGAGUUAACAUAUCUCAGCAACCAAGGCCAUCUGAGACAGUUCCUUCGACUCAGUAUUCGGUAUCCACGGGUCUUCCUGGUGUAAAAUAUACCCCAGAAAAGGAGCAGCCAGAACAGAACGCCACCACAAACAUCAGCAUAUGUGAGCUCUGUACCUGCAAAAAUGAGACGCUGUCGUGUGUUGGUCUCAGCCCGAAGCAGAAGCUCCACAGAGUGCCUGAGCCAGAGCCUAACGCCUACAACGGCACCUUCACCGUCAUAAAUUUCCAAGGAAACUCUAUUUCUUACAUUGAUGAAGGUAUAUGGAAGGCAUACCGCUGGGCUGAGAAGCUAAUUCUCAAUCAUAAUCCUUUGACAACAGUUGAAGAUUCUUAUCUUUUUAAAUUGCCAGCAUUAAAAUAUUUAGACAUGGGAACAACACAAGUGUCACUUACAAUAAUUGAAAGCAUCCUCAUGAUGACCCUUGAAUUGGAAAAACUGAUCUUACCUAGCCGUAUGGCCUGCUGCCUCUGCCAAUUUAAAACUACUAUUGAGGUUGUCUGUCAGACAGUCAAGCUGCGUUGUGACAGUGAAUGCCUGACAGACGUCACACGUUGUGAUGAAGAAACAUCUCUUGGGAGUGCAGAAGGAUCGUUGAUGAAGGUGUUACAAGCCCGGAAGAAGAACAGCAGCACCGAGCUGAUUAUUGAGUCAGAGAGGGUGUCCUCAGAUAAAAGUGCUGUCAGCUUGUCAGGCGUCAUGAACGAGCAGCUGGACCUCCAUGAUAAAAGCGAUAGUAUCGGGGCACGAAAUUACAUACUGCCUUACAUCUCAGAGGGGAAUCUAGGAGAUGUGGAAUCAGCGUUAUUACCGUUCCUUCAGCUGCUUUUUUCAGACACACAAGAUGGAGAUAUGCCCCUGGGCCUUUUGAAAAACAAUACAAGGAGCCCUUCUGUUAAACGUGUACGCAACAAUUCAACUAAUAAAAAGAAAUUGAGGAAACUCCAUUUUCUGGAAAAUUUGUUAGAUGCAGAAACUCAAGAAAAAGUGGAUGAGGUGAAAAAGGAAGAAAAACCUGCCCCGCGUACGCGUUCCAACCUUUUAAGUGCCAUGUUUAAACGGUACAUCUUUCAAAAGAAAUUGGAAACUGCCCAACCACAGAAAGACAGCCCAGCAAAGACGGAGAGUACCGAGGAAAAGCUGCUGAGAGUGAACAGGGUCCUCAAGGGCCCAAGGGGCCUACAGAAAAUGCACCUCCAAGCAGUGGGAGAUGAGAGCCUCAGGAGGAAACAGAAUGCCCAGCCAUCUGUGGCGAGCACUGCCGAAGAAAGAAGGCUCAGGAGGCCAUCCCCAGGAAAGCUGCAACAGCUUCUCAUGGUGCAGAGGCCCAGGAAGCUGGUGGGAAAGUCCUCCAAUGCGGAGUCUUCAUUCAUAAAAGAACACAAGGCAGCAGGUUCCUCUACCCUGAAACAGUACUUCAAGGUGAGGCCUUCUGCCUCCAUCCCUCCAAAAUCCCCAUCUGACGUUCAAAGCAAAUCAAAAGACUUAUCCAACACUAUACUUGUUUUAGAGGAUGCAAAGGCUAGAGUUAGAAAUAUUAAGGAUUUUGAACUAAUCUCACAUUCUGGGAAAAAAUACAUCUUCCAUAAAAUUAGGACUCAUCGGGUCCAGAGAAAACCCAAAGUCAAAAGGAGUCGAAAGUUCAGAAAGAAAAGUUCACUCAAUAGAAUGAUGCUUGCAAGCCCUCCGUUCUCUGUAGUGAGGAGUCUCAUAAAUUCCCCUCCGCGAGAAGCUGUUUCACCUUCAAGAGAAGUGACUUCUCAGGAAAAUCCUUUUCCAGAAUUAUUUUCUCUUUCAGACCCUUCUACAGAAAACACUGCUUCAGAAAACAAUACUGCACAAAAUGUUUCUGAAGAAAUUAUUUCUUCAGGAAGCUCUACUCUGCCAGGAGGAACCGGCCCUGGAAACACUGCCCGUAAGGAUGUCUCCACUGCACACUCUGCUGUUGCUGCAGACAACAGUAUGCCAACUGUUCAACACACCAACGAAACACAAUGGGAGCACCACGACACGGGCACUGAAUUAUCCUCUAAGCCCACAGGCUUCACUUUCCCAGGGCUCACAUCCCCGGGUGAUCAAGUUGAAACUCAGCUAAACCAGCAGCUACAGUCCCUCAUCCCCAACGAUGACGUGCGAAGGCUCAUUUCUCAUGUUAUCCAGACUUUGAAAAUGGACUGCUCGGAGACCCACGUGCAGCUGGCCUGUGCCAACCUCAUCUCUAGAACAGGCCUCCUGAUGAAGCUUCUCAGCAAGCAGCAGGAAGUAAAGGUGUCCAGAGCGGAAUGGGAUACGGGCCAGUGGAAAAGUGACAACUCUAUCAGUGAGAGCACAGAAGCCCAGAGUGAGCAGAAAGAGCAGGAGUCAAGUGAGCUCACAAAAGAAGUUCCAGGAUAUGGCUAUAACAACAAACUCAUCUUGGCAAUAUCUGUAACUGUAGUAGUGACGAUUUUGGUUACACUUCUCUGUCUCAUUGAGAUUUAUUCUCGUAGAAUUGCAAAAGGGGAAGAUAAAAAAAGAAGCAGAAGGGGCUUUUUUCGAUUUCUGCUGCGUAAGAGAAGCUCAGGGGAAAGUGAGAGUCAGGAGGGCUUUUUUGGGAGAAGGCGGCCACUUUGGCUUAGGGAUAUGUAUAGGCCUCUCAACGCCACACGCAAGGAAAACAUGGCACAAAAGCUACACGACAGGGAGUCUUCUGAUGAGGAUGAGAUAUUCUAUCAGGAUGUACCGUAAAUGGGAAGUCAUCAAAGCCCCAGCAGAGAAGCUUCUGGCUGCAUAUUGGGUUGAUGAAGAGGCGGGUGAGGAAAGUGAGACCGCACACGAGACU